UUGAGCUAGAAUAGUUUUGUAUAAAUGUAUAAAUUCAAUUUGUACAUAAUUAUAAUUUCAUUAUGUAUCCAUUUUUUUUUUAUCAUAGAUACAGAAUUAGAUAACUAUCAAAAUAAUACAGCACAUAUUUUACCAUGUAGUACAGCAUCUUCUAAACAGCAAAGAAUUCUUCCUUCAAAACAAUGUAGACCAGUAUCAAAAGAACAAAUAAAUCCGAAAUGGAAAAAGCGUGGAGUGUUUGUACCUAAGGUUCACCAUUUUGAUACAUCUAAGAGUGGAAUUCAAAAAGCAGAAUUUGAGCUAUCAGAAGAGUCAACUGUGUUAGACUUUUUUGAAGCUUUUGUGUCGCCCAAUUUAUUGGGAGAAAUAAGUUUUGAAACUAACCAGUAUUGCCACAAAUAUAAUAUUCAAACACCAUAUUCCAGAGUUACUCGUUGGACAGACACCCAAUUUGAAGAACUAUAAUAUGUGUUUUGGCUUUGACUAUGCUAAUGGCACGGAAUAAAAAAUUGGAAAUAUCUGAUUAUUGGUCCACUGAUCCACUUCUAUAUCAACCCAUUUUUGGUCAGCAUAUUAGUCGUGACCGUUAUUUGUUGUUACUUAGAAUGCUCCACUUUAGCAACAACGAUGAGCAAAUACCUGGAGAUCGACUUUCUAAGAUUCGAAUGCCAUUACAAGAUAUAACUAAAAAUUUUAAAGAUGCCAUGAUACCAUUUGAAAAUCUAGCAAUAGAUGAAAGUCUUGUUCUGUGGAAGGGUCGUCUUUCAUUUAAACAAUUUAUUAAAACAAAGCGACACCGAUUUGGAAUAAAAAAUUUUUGUUAUUUGUGAUGUAGAAACUGAUUUCAUUCUAAAUAUUCUAAUAUAUACUGGAAGCACAACAGAAUAUAAAAAAACAGACCCAAGCCUCGGUAUAUCUGGGGCUAUGGUAAAUACAUUGAUGAAGCCAUACUUGAAAAAAGGUCACAAGCUAUUCAUUGAUAAUUGGUAUACUUCACCUUCAUUAGCCAUGUUUCUUUACAAAAAAAAAAAACAAAUGUUACUGGAACUAUUAGGAAAAAUCGUAAAGGAAUGCCUAAACUAACAUCGAAACUUGAAGUUGGUCAAACAGAAAGUCAACACACAACAACUAUGCUAGCUACAAGGUGGAAAGAUAGAAGAGAUGUUUACAUGUUGACAACACAAUUUGAAAAUAAAAUGAUUGCUAUUGGUAAAAAAGAUCAUCAUGGAAACCAAGUAAAUAAACCUCUAUCUGUGUUGAAAUAUAAUGAAAAUAUGGGUGCUAUAGACAAAACAGAUAUGUUGUUGAGCUCAAUUGAAUGUGUGAGAAAAACCAUAAAAUGGUAUAAGAAACUGUUUUUCCACCUGGUAGAUCUAUCCUUACUAAAUGCAUAUAGUUCAUACAAUACUGUUACUGGAAAACAUUUACCAUUGGCAAGCUAUCAGUUU